GAUAGAGAAUCAUCCUGUUAUUCCCAUGCACAAACAUUCAAACGACCUUGAACCUACUACAAGUUAUGGCCCUUAGUAUGGUGAAUCUUGGCAUGAGGUUCUCUUCAUUGCAUUCUAUGCUCAAACCAACUUCUUUCACAUGUGUAAAUCCAUCGUCGAAUGCCAAGAAGGUUUUCGAGGUUCCUGGUAUCAGAUGCAGUAGCAGUAGUCAUGAUAGUGCAGUAGUGAGUACUGGCAAUGUUAGUGAUGAAGUAUCGGAUGGUCGAAGAUCUGGAAACUAUCCUCCUUCCAUGUGGGAUUAUGAUUUUUUCCAAUCACUCAGCAGUGAUUUUAAGGGAGAAAUUUGCAACAAAAAAGCUAAUGGAUUGAAGGAAAUUGUGAGGAUGCUGCUCGACAAAGAGGACUUGGACAGCCUUCAUAAGCUUGAGUUAAUCGAUACUAUUCAAAGACUCGGAGUUUCUUAUCACUUUGAGGAUGAAAUCAAGAGAAUUUUGGAGGCUAUACACAUUGCGGAUGAGAAGUUAAGCAGCGAAGAACUUAAUGCCACAUCUCUGAAAUUUAGACUCUUGAGGCAACAUAAUUUCAGCGUUCCUCAAGAAAUAUUUGAGGAGUUCAUGGAUGAAUCCGGGAAGUUUAAGGCCAGCCUCAGCAAAGAUAUGAAGAGUGUGGUAAACUUGUACGAGGCAUCAUUCCAUUCAAAGAAGAACGAAAAGAUCAUGGACGAGGCUCAAGACUUCGCGACUAAACAUAUGAAAGACUACUUAGAUGAUACUAAUAACAAGAAGGAUGAAAAUCUUGUUAAACUUGUUAGUCAUGCACUUGAGUUUCCGCAACAUUGGAGGGAGCCAAGGCAAGAAGCUAGGUGGUUCAUCGACUUCUACGAGACGUCUGCACCAGGAGAAGAUUAUGUUCCUGCCUUGCUCUACUUCGCGAAACUGGACUACAACAUGGUGCAGUCAAUUUAUCAAGAUGAUCUCAAGUACCUGUCAAAAUGGUGGAAGGACACCGAAUGGGGCGAAAAAUUAGGCUUCGCUAGGGAAAGGCUGAUGGAGUGUUUCUACUGGAGCGUGGGCUAUAACUCUCACCCUGAGUUUAGUUAUGGAAGGAAGGUGCUCACUGCUGCUACAGCCUUCAUAACUACUAUCGACGACAUCUAUGAUGUUUACGCUACAAUUGAGGAACUUGAAGUACUGACAGAAUCAACGAAAAGAUGGGAUGUGGCGGAUUUGGAACAAAUGCCAGAAUUCAUAAAGGUCUGCUUUACAGUGUUCUAUAACGAAAUCAACAAUGUAGCUGAUAUUGCAGAAAAGGAACAUGGUGUCAAUAUUCUUCCUCACCUCCAGAAAGUGUGGACAGAUGUUUUCGAAGCUUAUUUGUUGGAGGCGAAGUGGUACCACAGUGGAUACAAACCAAGUCUCAGAGAAUACCUCGACAAUGCAUGGAUCUCAAUAACAGGGCCUAUAAUUUUAACUCAUUCAUAUUUCUUGAGCACAACCUCCUUCACUGACGAGGCCUUACAAAGCAUAUGGGAUUAUCCGAAGAUAAUUCGUCUGGCGGCCAUCAUUUUGAGACUUGCAGAUGAUAUGGGAACCUCAUACCAUGAACUAGCCAGGGGUGACAAUCCAAAAGUGGUGCAAUGUUACAUGAAUGACAACGGUGUUUCAGAAGAGGAAGCUAGGGUUUACGUUCGGAGCUUGUUAAUCGAGACCUGGAAGGAGAUAAAUGAAGAGAAAAUAAUUGCAGAGGCAACAUUCUCGAAGCCUUUUAUCGAAAUGUGCAUGAAUCUGGGGAGGAUAGCUCUGAGUAUAUACAUGUAUGGAGAUGGACAUGGUGCUCCAACUCUCAAGGACAAAGAGCGUUCCACAUAUCUUUUUGUUGACCCCAUACCUCUAUAGUUUAAUAUUUCAUCUUCUUCACCAGCUUGCAAAAAGCUUUUCAUGGUGUACAAUAUUGAAGAUUUUGAAAGGAAAGAAUAUUUUGAAUUA